AUGGUUGACCACGCGCCUCUUAGACGCAAUGUCUCGCCGAACCCUCCGGCGGUGGGGAUAGUCAUCUUGCAUUUAUCCAGUCAAUCCUGUCUCGCACUUAUCCACCCUUUACCGUAUCGAUCUAAAUCAAAUGUACUUUUUCUACCGCGAAAGUGCAGUUUAUUCUUAAAAUUCAAGACACGAUCAUCCUCGCAAACACUUACGACGCGUCGUGUGUUCGCAGACGACAUAAUAACGCCCGUGUACGUCGCGCCAACGAGGUCGCCGACGACGCUGAGGCCGAAGCACCACAAGGAGAAGAUCCAGGAGCGUCCUUCCUGCGACGACGAGGAGGACUGCGGGGAAGGCUCCGGCGAGCCGGUCACCACCGAGGAGAUCCUCGUCACGUCUGCCACCGAUUCCAGCUCGGUGACGUACACGACAGCCCGCGAGUACACGAGCAGCCACAUCAGCACGCAAACGUCUCCAGGCUCGCCGUCGACAUCGACCCGGGACACCGUCACCGUCUCCGGCCAGUACAAUGUGUCGACCACAGACCUCGAGACCAGCGACGCCAGUAGCAUCGUGACGCAAAGGUCGACGACCGUGACGACCCAGACCACCACCACAGAGAUGACGGACCCACCUCCGCCCCCACUGCCCCCGAUACACACGCCGGUCCCGGCAACCCCGAAGAACCCCAACAAGAACAGGGGAACCGAGGCAGCGGCGGACGGCGCCGCCUUGAUAAUCAUCAUCAUAGCCGCGGCGUUGAUCGCGAUCAUCCUCAUCAUCCUGAUCAUCCUCAAGUUCAAGAAUCGUCCCGAGACGAGUUACAAGGUCGACGAGACGAAGACCUUCUGCCAGGAUCCGAACGCGGCGCUUCUGGGCGCCACGGGUUCCGGUCAGCCGUUCAACGGCGCCCUGAAAAACGGCGCGAACGGCAGCAAAACCAACAAGAAACGGGAACUGGUGGACAUCAAAGAGUGGUACGUGUAGAGGUCCGUCUUCAGGAUCGCUAUCUACCAUACGCUUAAACUCUGCACACACGUGCUCGGAAUACUCUCUCUCUGGCGGCCAGGUGGCCGGAGUCGGACUCGAGAGAGACGGCCGAGCCUCGUUUCAGAUUCUUCGUUUUUUCGUGCUAAACCGGGGGUGGCAUCAGUUUAUUCGGUUCUAUCGACGGAUGUAAGAACGGGUGUUCCUUGCGUGUGAACGACUCAAGGUCGGAGACAGUGAUCGAGACGCGGUUCCCUCUCGAUGGGCCACGAACUGUGCGAAAGUCGAGGUCGGUGAGCGUCGUUCGAUAAGGAUUCUCCGAUCAUCCCCUUCGCUCCUCGAACCUUUGAAAGGUUCUCCCGGGUCUCCGGAAGACGUGUCUGGUGUACCUCGAGGGGACGACGACGGAACCCGAUCGACGUUGACGUGCCGCGAGCUGCGGUCGAAGAACAACGAGACGCGACGAAGGAACGAGUGUUUCAGGUCGAUGUUCUAGACGUCGUCGCGCGUCCGGAAACAGACGGAGCCAAGACUGAUCGCGUGAAACGAUACCAAAAGAGGCGAAGGAGAUGCAGAAACGAGCUGGAGCGUCGAGGGUGCGCUGAACGAUCGAACGAUCAUCGCGAACUGCGACCUCGGGACUCUGAGAGACGCGAGGUAAAUCGCCGGCGAAGGUAAAGCGUCGCGUUUAUCAAUUCUUAAAUUCGAGUUAUCACUUGGUUGGUGGAACAAAUUCGGAAUUAUCAACCGUUAAAUAGGUUUUCCAUGACUGCGAUUUCGUAACUACUGUACGCUGCCAGCGACAUGCGUCUUCCUUGGGGUGUUCAGGCCCUCGAGGUCCUAGUCUAUAGAUGAAAAAUAAUCGAUUGGGUCUGUUUUUAUACUUUGUUAAGGUCUCGAGUUUGUAGCACUGCUGACGGGUAGCAAUGUUACAAGACUUUGAACUGAAGACUGUAUACUCUGCAUACUCUGUAUACUCUUGUAUUGUAGGAUGAACUCCGAGGGGUCUGGCUAGUUUGGGAGUAAAAAUAUGAAUUUUUUUUAUACAUUUUGUAACAGAUUUUUAGCCUUGGGAACGCAUUAUGCCCAAAGGUUGGUGCGAUUGGAAAUACUGGCAGGGUUUUGGGACUUUUAUUUGAAGGCUAUAUAUCCUUCCAAUAUAUAUAUAUUGGAACAUUGUACGAGAGAUUGUAAGGGCUUUGAUUGGUUUCAAGGUAAAUAUGUCAAUUUUUGUAUGCAUUUUCUGAAAGGAUUAGACCUUGAAAACGUCUUAGUGAAAAGAAUACGAUGACGUUUAAAAAGUUAGCGUAGUGGGACUUUGAACUGAAAACAAUGUACGCGAUUUUUAUAGGACGAACUUUAAGGAGUCCGACUGGUUUGGAGGUAAACAAUCAAUUUUUUCACACAUUGAAGUUUCAACCGUUCAGACCUUAAAAGCAUUACAGGUGAAGGGAUUACGAUAAGGACGCACAUAUCAAUCAAACGACAACACUAUCGUCUGAUUUGAUACAAUCUCCAUGUAUACAAAAAUUCAAUUAAGUAAUUAAGUAAUUAACAGAAUUUAAAGAAUCGGAUAAACCAAAAAUGUUUUCUUUUCAUCGAAGCCCUACGGUUCAUGCAUCCCUUUCGUAAAGCAGUAUUUCUACACGGAAAAAAAAAACGUAUAUUUCCUUGAAAUGUAUAUAAACAAAUACGCAAAGUAAAAGAACCCGCGAACAGUAUCCGAGACAAAAAAAGUAUUCGUGAAAAAAUGCCUUAUUUUAGCAUUCUAGACUAGGAGACCCUCGAGUUCCAUCGUUCAAGAAAGCUCCCCGCCAAAGUCUCUCACCUAAACAAAAUAUUAAAUAACAAACCACAAGAAACAAACAAUUCUCGAUCACUCGUACGUUCAAUAAAAAUUACAAUCUAAACCUCUAAAACUCUAAAUAAAACUGUACAUCGGAUCGGACGAAUGAAAACUUCUCGCUAAUAGCUUACAAAUAAACGUUGAAACCAAAUCGCCAUUAUUUGCUACUCAAAAUACUGUUUCGUCGAUGUCUGGCACCCUGCGGUACUUACGAGAUCGCCGUGUUUGUUCCACGAAGUCUACAUCCAGCAUUUCUCCAACGCCAUUCGAGCGCAGGCGACGAAAACGAACCCUCGAGACACGAUCCAACCCUCCUGGGGGACUCUUUGUCGCGACACCGCGCGUUAUCCACGAAAAUCAAACUUCUUCCUUGUUCGCCGUGCCGCUAGUCGUGUAUUAUACUUAUUGUAUAUGACAGAUUUAUUAUGUACCAUAUUAACAAUCACGUGCAUGAUCCUUCUUUAGAUCACGUUUACACGAUUCGAUCUCGAUAGUCGUUGCUUUAGACGGAAAAAGGAAAAAGGAUCGAACAGCGAGAGGUGCCGGAUGAACGUGUCUCGAGGGCGAGAGCUUUUUCUUUAAACGUUAUCAUAGUCCAGUAUACAUAUAUACGAGAGCGAGAAAGUGUUGGAACUAAAGCGUACGAACGAAAGUAUCAAUGCGAACGAUCCUAUCUAGCGAUUAAUAAACUUAUUGUUGUAUAGAAGAAAAAAAAAAAAUAUAUAUAUAUAUAUACAUAUACGAUAUUUAUCGAUUAUGUUAUGCGUGUAAAUUGUUUAUUAAAUUAUAUAGAUUUUAUUAACAGCGUGGAAGUACGUGCGUGUACGUGUGUGGGUGAGAGUCCGCGUUGUUUCGUUCGAACGAGGAGUCAGCGACUCGAGCAACGUCGGUUGUGUUUACGCGUAAGUUGACUUGUGCGGGAAAAAAACGUGACGAGUUAGUUUAAACACCGGAUAAUUGCUAUACAGAAGUUUCACCUCGAGCACCCUUGAUCCAGCAUGGCGCAACACACGUUUCCUUUUAUACGAGUGCGCAUCCCCCUUGCGCAUGAGCGGACCCUGUAAGCGAGGUUCAAGCAUGAUGCUGUGAAAAUUUGUAUAGCGAAAUGUGAAAUUAAGCAAAAUGUGAACUAAGCAAAAGUAACGAAUUGAAAUAAAGGUUGAGUACCGAUCGCUACCUACAUUAGGAAUGCUGCAGACGAAGUUCGAACAUAACUCGCGCCAUGACCAUUUUUAUCGUGAAAUAUGAAAUUAAUAUAUAAAAUAAAUGAGUUGAAAUACGAACUAAAAGCUGAGUACCGAUUGUCGUCUACGGUAGGAAGGCGAAUGCAGAUAUUAAAUAGCUACGAGGUAUUUGGACGAGAGCGCGUCCCCCUUGUGCAUGGUUGACGCUGCGAACGACGUCCACGACGAUAUACAAAUUUCUAUAAUGAAAUACGGUACCGAAAUACGAACUAAAAGUACCGAUCGCUAUUAUAGAAUAAGAAGCGAAACGCGGCCACCAAAUAGCUACAGGGUGUCCCGGAUAAAUAUGUAGGAAAUCAGCAACGGCGUCGAGUAAAACUUCUGUAUCGUUAGCGAUAUUCUGUGAUUCGCGCAAGAGACGAAACACGACAGCCAUGCGCAGACAACACGGUGUAGACAGGGUGUGAAUGCGGUAUUGCCAAAACGAGUCGAGCGACGUUUCACCCGGCGUGUUUAACCCUUUGACGUUCGUUGCACCUUUCGGUUCACCCGUCACGACGGUCUGUUAGGUCUUUUAUACUUGUUCGAUGUUCCCGUACUUGUUUCGUGUCUCUGCGAUAUCGUUCGGAUACUUUCUCGAUACGGUGGCGCGACUCUCUAACUGUCGCACGCGCAAGACCGAGCCGCGACAGUUACAGGGCCCGGGGACGCAACGGUUUAUCGCGCGACAGCGAUGGACGGAAUUUUAUCCACGAUUAUAAUCGCCAAGUAAUCGGAAAUUUCUCUGGAAAAUUACGAAUUAUCUAACUCACGAGUGCGGACGAGUGUAUUAUAUAUACAGUCGGUCCUAUAAAUAUUCGUACCCUCUAUGUCUAGCGAAGACAUUCGUCUAAAUUGAAUGAUAGGUUUGAUUUUCCCAAAUGAAUAUUCGUUUUGUGAUGAUUACUCGUAUUUGUUCGUGUAUGAACAUUCCACGUUCCAAAUAUUUAUUUGGAAACAUCGAACGUAGAUAUUUAACUUAGACAAAUUUCUUUGAACCUUUCAGGAACUAUUUCUUUUUUCUAUUGUCAUACUUUUGUUCUUUUUAUCAUUGACAGUAAUUAUAAUUAUAAAAAACUACGAAUACUUAUGAGAGUGACUGUGUAUAUAUUGUUUAUUGUUACUGAUUGUAUUACAAAAGUGAUCACUGGCCAUCUCUGUCGUACGAGUAGUCAUACGAUUACGGCUGACACACGACUGUUUGACGAUUGUAAAUUGUGUGAAAUUGUACAGUAAAAGCUUGGUAAAGGCGACCCCUAUGAUUGCAUGAGAACCUCGGUAGUUGCAUUGCGCUGAUAAGUGAAAUGGUCGCUCAAUUAUCGAUACGUCUGCGGCCCUUGUUUAGAGACUAUGACAAGGGAGAGACGCAACUUGUUUCUUUCUGUCGUGGAUUUGCAGAAAUAUAGAGUACAAGUCCCUGUUGGAGUGUUUAGAAUAGAAUUGUCCACCUAAUCCUAAUUUUAAAGAUACAAACAAUCAAAAUUGCAUACUUUGAAUUAUAUAAUAUACUCGAUAUAAACAAAUUGCUUGUAUAUCCUAGUCUUGUUCGUUUCACUGGUUUUAAUUACUAUCACGGCAUUAGUAAAUGUCUAUACCUAACAGAGAUUUUUACUCUGCCGCUCUGCAAAAAAUGUUAAAAUCGAAAGAAAGCAUUUCGAAUCCCAAUAGAUCGAGAACGACAGUGAAAAGCAAUGAGGUCAAGUGGCAUACACGGUUAAGUGUCACGAGUGAUCACGAAUGAAUGCCCGCUGCAGCAAUCCCGGGUAGUGGUGGGGGUGACUGCGCGACGCUUAGAGGGUAGGAAACCGCGACGUUUGGAGAGGCACUAUAAUUUCAUUUUAGACGGUUUUUUACUUCUGUGCAUCUUGUUUCAACAUUCCUUUUAACAUUUCUUGAACUUUUCUGUGAUACUUCGUAGACAUUUCGCUUGUAUAUCUCCAUGUACUUGUGCCCCAUGAAGAUCCAUCUGAAUAAAGUUUUCUCCGAGAAUAAAGUUUCCGUGUUCGCAAUAACCAAGAGGUUACGGAAAAAAUAAUCAUUUACUUAUAAAUAUUUAUAUUUGCUUACAAAUAUCGAACAUUCUCUUCAUUUAUAAAUGCACGUGCGAACAAAUAUUUCUGUUCGUAUUUGACAUGAAAUAAAAUAUGAAAAUUCUUGAAAUCCUCUAUACAGUGGCGAGAAACGAAUGAAAAUAAAAUUUAAUAUUACAGAGAGGCAAUUCUUCCUAUUUAUUAAUACUCGUUUCUAUAUUUAUUGAUAAAUACUUCUUCGUCUCUUUUUCUAAAUACAAAGAUUCGGCAUUCUUUUCGUUCAUAAAUACACACAUAAACAAGCAUUUAUUUUCAUAUUUGAAAUUUCUGAUCGCGCCACUAAGUUCGUUCUUCGUUCGCGCCUCGAGACAAUUAGCAAACUUCCUCCACGACUUUCGCGUCCAAUUAACCCUUAUUAAUUCCAGAGAUGCCAACGCGAAACUCGUUAGCGACGUUAUCGUUGCAAUUCGCUGUUUCAGAUUCGUAGUUAAUUUCCCAUGAAGAAUUAUAUCGGGUGUAAUUUGCCUCUCGCCGCACUUUCCACGCGACACGAAUUUUUUCUACUCGCAUCGCGAUAUUCAUCGCAAAAUCUGGUAAAACCGAUCGCCAGAUUUUUACUGAAAACAGACGCACUAUUAUUUUUUCUAUUAUUUCAAGCCAGGAAUGGGCGAAAUUUUAUUCGAAUAGACUAAGAAUAAAAUCAUAUAGAAAUUAUUCGUUAUUCGUGUCGUUUAUUCGAUUCGAGAGCUUUUUAAUCGUACAUUACGAAAUAUACGAUUCUAUAACUGAAAGUAUAAUUUUGAUUUAACCAGUAUAAAUAGCUUCGUUCGCUCCACAAUUUUUAUUGAGAAUUUUUAUGAGAAUUUUGCCCAUCUUUGGUUUGAGUAUCUUUUAAACGAAUUUAAAAUAUCAAAGUAACGGGUUAUUCGAGCACGAACAUUUUUUUAUAUAAUCGAAGAACAAAUGAAUAUAAAACUUUAAUAAAAUAGGAUAGAGUUUCUAUUAUAAAAUUAUCGCGAAUAAAGAUUUUCAUUCGUCUUUGAUGGUAUUAAAUAUUUUCAUGCUGGAAUAACCAAUCGCUUUGGUCUUUCGAAUAAUCAAUCAAUCGUGUAACAAACUGUACAAUUUUAAACGAAUUUUUGGACUUUCCCUUCUUAACAUAUCCUUCAAGGGUGUGUAAUUUUUAUUGUCACAAAAACGACCAGAUGAAAGUGAAGCAAGAGAGAUGAAGAUAAAGAAUUUUGUAUCGAUUAAUUUAUGGUGACACAAUAAUCAUUUUCAAUAGAAAAAAAAUAUCACAACAAACAUAAAUCUUCGUCCAAAAUAUGAGCUUGGUCUUCGACCUGACGUCACUCAGGGAUGCAUGAUUAACGCAUGUUAAUCCGAAUCUAAUUUGAAAACAGAGAUGGGAUAAAAUCCUUAUCUGGACAAAAAUCUCGAAUAGCGAAUAAAAGACAAACAACUAUUUCUAAUAAAAAUAAAAAUUUGAGUUACAGAAUCCAGUACUUCACAAUGAACAAAUACGAAUUUACCUGUUGCGAAUAAAUCUAAUAAAUAUAACAAAAAUAAGAGGUUCUCUAUUAUUCUCUUCUUGACUAUUAUAUUAAGCUAUUGUUAUAUUUCUCAUUUAUUUCUCAUUUAUUACUCAAAUAAAAUUUAACCCAUUUCUAAUAUUAUUAAAGUUACAACGCAUUUAUACGUUUCACCAUUAAAUUUUCUUCGAAUCACGUCGCUCUUAGAAUAUCUCAAACGUUCUAAACAAAUUGGUACUUUGCAUAUUCUGUUUAAUAGGCUACCGUUAAAAAUACCAAUAAGACAAGUGAUUGCAUUCUACGAAACUUUCAUCUUUUCACUUCGAAAUGAAAACAAAUUUAUUUUGGAAUGAAUUUUAUAUUUAUCUUCUGCGUUUUGGUGUAAGAGUGUCGGAAUCGAAAGAUCUCUUUUUAAACUAUUUGCACGGAAUGGCGACGAAAUCGGUCGAAUAUUGGUGAGACCGCACACGAUACAUUUUACAGUGUUUGCCGCGAAUGUGUGUAUCAACUCUCCUGUACACGAUAAUGGAUAUCGUUUCACAGAAACUCUUGCUGGUGAACUAAAUUCCUCUGAAAACGGAGACUCAUCUCCUGACAGAGAUGGACAAACCAAAUUUCUAGAUAAAAAAUAACGAAGAAGAUAAACGAUCUCUGUCCUAUUAUACAUUCAAUCAAAAAUACAAUUUAAAUUACAAAAUAGGACGAAUUUUCAAUUUCAUAUCAAACGUAUUAAGGCUUCUGUCUGGAUCAAUUUUAAACGAACAAACAUUGCGAAUAAAUCAUUCAACGAGUUCAUUCGAUUAGGAAAAUUUUGUCCAUCUUUGGUGGCGAUACGGAGAAAUAGAAACGACUUUCGAGAUUUAUAUCAAAUUCUUCUAUAUCUAAAUCGCACAAGAGCUUGAUGGAUCCACUUAUGGUAUCUUCUGCCGAUAACAGAAGAAUUUCUUUACUAUUUUUGCAAUUUAUCGCUUGAUCAUUUUCGAUCGGGUACGAAACGCGAGUUAUCGAAAAAAAAAAAAAAAAAGAAAUGAAAUCUCAACGAUCGCUUUCGCGCAUGACGCUUAAAAUGGCACAAUAAUCUUUAACUCUCUCGACUUUGCCGAACUUUGCAAUUCCUCGCCUUCGGGAUCAUUCGUAGACUGUAAAAACGAUAAGUCGAUGUGGAUCUUUUUGUAUAUUCACGUAAGAAAAGUUGAGCGGGCAGUCUUAACGAUAUCGUCACACAGAAAUAUUUCUGUUUAACUCUUUGAGGCACACGAUUUAAAAUUUCAAAUAAAACUCAAGCUGCACAGAAGAGGUUUCAACAAUUUAUUAAUGCGUUUCGACUUGUAUAAAAUUAUAUUUUCUUUGUUUAUCGUUUAGCGUUAGUUCAAAGCCAACCGAAUGAAAAAACUUUAAAUAAAAUAUCAAAGCUAAGCAAAAAAUAAAAAUGCCAGUUUUUAAUCCACCCAACCCCAAAGAGUUAAAUAGCUCCACGAGAUAAUUAAUAUUUUUUUUUAUCGAAUGCUAGUCGAACUUUAGCAGCUAAAUGAAAUUUUCGUUUAUGGAUGAAUGUUAUGUUAACAUAUUCACGCAAAGAAUUCAACGGAAAAUCGUCCGCGCGAGAUUGAAUUAAUUUUUUUCAUUAGUCACUCGAGUCUCUUUGGGCACAAGCGAAAUUUCGCUCCCACAUUUCACUGUUUACAUAUCGCUGAUUAUCGAUUGCUAUUUGAGACGAGCCUUUAACCUUUUACAUUAAAGACUGUUGAAUAAUGUUGUGGAGAUCUUGAAGUGUAACCCUGGAUUUUUGGAGAUUUUGUUUCGAGCCUGUUAAAGUAAAUACAAGAAAUUCACUUCUUAGUUUUCAUAUCUGUUAUACGAAUACGAAAUUUGAAUAAUAUCGAAAAGACUUUGAUCUUUGCUCUUCUUCGAUAUGAUAGUAUCGAUUUCUUUCUCUCUGAGUGACAAAAAGAAAAUACUGUUUCUUGAACGAGUUUGUCACGUUGCAAAUAUUACUGGCGCCAGUAACGUUACUUUAUUGGUGACACGUCACUUUACUAGCGCCACUUUGUUCGUGGAGUUUACUGGCACAAAUAAUUUUUCUAUUUAGACUAAUAGUAAACUCAAUUAACCACUUCACUGACACUAGUGAUUAUCCUAUCGGAAAACAUACGAAUUCAACUGGCGCCACUUUGCUGGCGCCACUAAUCGUUGGGUUUGAAUAACCCUUGAUAAUUAAACCUUGAUGAAUUUAUAUAUGUACAUUUGGUAACUUAUAUUUAAAUAAAAGAAAACAUAUUAUUUCUCCAACUUUUCCAUCAAUCUUAAUGGCACAUUUCUGCCAUGUUUUUCUAUCUCAAAUCAUACCGUACACGCUUUUGUAACUGUGCACGCCUUUUUCUCUUUCAUGCACACUGUCGCCAUCGCGUAUACACGUACGUGCAGAUGUUCUCACACAGUAAUCACCGUGCCUGGAAAUGUAAAUUCAAUCGACGCUUACUGAUCUCAAUCUUCUUGGGCCAGUUUACUGGCGCCAACAAUUGUUCUAUUCGAAUUAUAGGUACUCGACUGACGCCACUUUGCUGGUAUUACUCUGCUGAUUCCAUUUUACUUGUUGCCCUGGUGUCAGAGAUCAUUGUAUUUGGAAAUGAAAAUUAAACUGAUGCCAGUUUACUGGCGCCAGUAAUCGUUGCGGAUGGAAACAUGAAACCAAUCGACGCAAUUCUUUUGAGGCUACUUGCCUGGUACCAGAGAUCAUUGUACAUGGAAACAUAAAUUCAAGUAAUGGUAUUGUAUUGGCGCCACUUAACUGGCGCCAGUAAUCGUUGUGGAUGGAAACAUGAAACCAAUCGACGCAAUUCUUUUGAGGUUACUUUCCUCGUACCAGAGAUCAUUGUAUCUAGAAACGCAAAUCCAGCUGACGCUACUUGACUGGCGCCACUAAACUGGCGCCACUAAACUGGCGCCAGUAAUCACCGUGGAAUCAAAUUGAAAACCAGGGUCGCUUACUCAGCCCAAUAAUCAUUACUUCAAUUGAAUUUACACUCUUCCAAAUUGGAACGAUCACUGGCGCCAGUGGGGAACGAAUCACGCGCCGCAAAGGCUGCCAGGUCGCAACAAGCGUCCACCGGCCCUCGAGAAACGCGAACAUAUUGUUAUCACUGCCCCCUAAACUCUCUCUCUCUCCCCCUCUCUCUCUCUCUCUCUCUCUCCCCCUCUCUCUCUCUCUGCAUAUCCUUCGAUGUACCGACGACUAAACAUUUAUACGAAACUAAUCAACUUCUAAUAAGAUAUCUUACCGAGCAAAAUGUUACUCUACUACUUAAACUUAACGCAUUAAAAACCUCGGACUUAAGUGUGUCGCGGGUAGCCAUCAUACCUAAACUUAAACUAUUAACGCGUAGCGCGGCGACCAGAGAGGCGCGAAACGGCGAAACGCGAGCAAACGUGAAAAAAUAGCGAACGACCGAUGUUACGAUCGACGGAUGUGCUGCAUGUAACUGUGUACGUGUAAUUAAGGGUGUGCGUGAGAUGGAUAAUCGCGAAAACGAAAGUCGCGUUUAGUAGCCAGCGGAAAAAACGAAAAGAAUAAAAAAAAAAAAUAAAUAAAUAAAUAAAUAAGCUCACACAACUGUAUCUAGAAUCGCUAUAGCUAGAUGGAAUUAUAUUUUACAUUGUACAGUCUAUACGUAUGGGUGCACCUAUAUGAAACUAGAUAGCGAAAAUACGUUCGUGGACGAGAAUUUUUGGUGACACGAUGAGAGACGAAAGAAAGAAAAUACGGAACACAGCGUUAACGAUAAAAAGAUUUGCGGUACUGUAGAACCGGCGACGAUCGCGGAUAUUUUUGUUGUUCACUACGCUAUCCCCUCUCCACCGCCCUUCCGAUUUUUACGAGUAUCAUAAACAUUAUACGUAUACGUAUGUACAGUAGGAUUCGAGCAAGAAAGGGUAUAUACAGGGUGCUCGCAUUAUAGUUAGCUAGCAUCGUUCUUGUGAAUAAAUGGCGUGAGAACAAAAAAUGGAAGGGGCAAGAAUUUCAUUGUUUUUCAUUUUCUUUUUUUUUUCAUGUACGAAUUAGAUUAGAUAGAUUCUUUUUCUUCGGUCGAGUCUGGAUCGAAUACUAAAUCGAACGAUGUUCA